GGCCUCUUUCGUGAAUGUCUGACGGCAACUCUUAUCCUACAAAACUGUAUGAAAAUGGCUCCCUCAUAAGUUCUCUCACUGUGAAGUCCAAAUUGUAUUUACAAAUCUUGAAAUUUGGGUGCCCCACAUGGUUCCUUUACUCAUUUACAGCUUAAGCGCUUUCUUAAGAAAUAUUUAUCAAAUGAUUCAUCGUAUUGUUUAGCUAUGAAAUACAUAUUUCUUGCUAACUGGUUAUUUGUCAGUUAGUGAUUUGUGAAUCAAUCAACCAUCAGUUAUGAAACUCUUGUAAAAUACUAAAGGGUAUAUAAAACCAUUUACAGAUAUUAGGAAGUCAAAUGAAUUGGUGCACAGAAGAUAUUCUGUCGUUGUUAUCCUCAAGUUAUGGUUAUUUGAUUUGUGUGAUUAUUCUAUUUGGGCUAUUUAAGGAAAUGGUUUUGCCAUCACUCACAGUCACAGGUUGAUGAUGAAGCAUUAGCCAAGAAAAAGGCUAUUGAUGAUUGGCUUCCUAUUACUUCUUCAAGAAAUGCAAAAUGGUGGUAUUCAGCUUUCCACAAUGUCACUGCCAUGGUUGGAGCUGGUGUCCUCAGUCUUCCUUAUGCCAUGGCAAAUCUUGGAUGUAAGUAUUUUGUUUUUCAGGGGUCCUGGUGUUGUAAUAUUAGUUUUGUCAUGGGUCAUAACUCUAUAUACCCUAUGGCAAAUGGUUGAGAUGCACGAGAUGGUUCCUGGAAGAAGAUUUGACAGAUAUCACGAACUGGGGCAGUAUGCCUUUGGUGAGAAGCUUGGUCUGUACAUUGUGGUGCCACAACAAAUCAUUGUUGAAGUUGGUGUUUGCAUUGUUUACAUGGUUACCGGAGGCAAAUCCCUUAAGAAGUUCCAUGAUACUGUUUGCAGCAGUUGCAAAGACAUAAAACUCACUUAUUUCAUCAUGAUAUUUGCCUCUUGUCACUUUGUUCUCUCCCAUCUGCCCAACUUCAACUCCAUUUCUGGUGUCUCAUUGGCUGCUGCUGUCAUGUCCUUGAGUUACUCUACAGUUGGUUGGGCUGCUUCAGUCCAUAGGGGUGUUCAACCAAAUGUUGACUAUGGGUACAAAGCUAAGUCAACAGGUGGAGCAGUGUUGAACUUCUUUACAGCCUUGGGGGAUGUGGCUUUUGCUUAUGCAGGCCACAAUGUGGUACUUGAAAUUCAAGCAACAAUUCCUUCCACACCUGAGAAGCCAUCAAAGGGUCCUAUGUGGAAAGGAGUUAUCGUUGCUUACAUAGUUGUUGCCUUGUGCUACUUUCCUGUUGCUCUAAUUGGGUACUGGGUGUUUGGCAAUUCUGUUGAAGAUAACAUCCUCAUUUCCUUGGAAAAACCUGCCUGGGUUAUUGCAAUGGCUAAUAUGUUUGUUGUUGUUCAUGUUAUUGGAAGCUACCAGAUCUAUGCAAUGCCAGUAUUUGACAUGUUAGAAACAUUAAUGGUGAAGAAAUUGAAUUUCAAACCCAGCACUUCUCUUCGAUUUAUUGUCCGCAAUUUAUAUGUUGCAUUCACUAUGUUCACUGGCAUUACCUUCCCUUUCUUCGGAGGUCUACUUGGGUUUUUCGGAGGGUUUGCUUUUGCUCCAACAACUUACUUUCUGCCCUGCAUCAUGUGGCUUGCCAUCUACAAACCGAAGAGAUUCAGCUUAUCUUGGUGGAGUAAUUGGAUAUGCAUUGUACUUGGGAUGGUUUUGAUGAUCCUAUCACCUAUUGGAGGAUUGAGGACAAUCAUAAUUUCGGCCAAGAAUUAUCGCUUCUACUCUUGAAUCAGUCAUCCUCCAUAGGGGUGAUUGUUGAAAUUCAUGUUUCCAGAAGAGUAUUGUUUGAUCAAGGUUCUACUAGUUUAUAUUAUUUGUCCAUUAAAGCCUAUUUGUUUAUGUUUGUUGUGGUUAAUAUUCUAGUCCUAAAAAUGAACACAUUUCAGUCUGUUGAUCAUGUAAUUUCUGUCCUUAUAUGUGAUCAGAUUCCAUUUUUUUCUGCAA